AUCAGGACCUAUAGACACCUGGACCAACCUGGAGAGAACACAACAUUAUAUCAGGACCUAUAGACACCUGGACCAACCUGGAGAGAACACAACAAGUUGAGGAUCCUGCUGAUAGUCAUCCUCCUCUCCUUCAUGACAGGUUGUUUGAGCUCCUUCAAAGUGACAGGAUACUCUGGAGGAACUGUCAUCAUCUACUGUCAUUAUUACACAGAAGAAAGAAGUCAUGAGAAAUAUUUCUGCGUGGGACAGUAUAGCUGGAGAUGUAAGGAUAUAAUCAGAACUGGAUUGAAGAACACCUGGGUACACAGAGGUAGAUUCUCUCUGUAUGACAACACUGGAGGAAACUACUUCAAGGUGAUCAUCAGACAACUGACCAGACAAGAUGAAGGGACCUACUGGUGUGGAGUGGACAAACCUACUAUACCUGACAGUUAUACCAAGGUAGAGCUGGAUGUGAAGAAGGAUGACUGCUGUGAGAAGUCAGUCACAGAGACGGCCUAUCUGGGAGGAGAAGCUACCAUCAGAUGUAACUUUCCAGAGGACCAUGAGGACAGAACCAAGUAUUUCUGCAAGGAAGACGGUGAAUCUGACUGUGAAUACCAGAUAUCAGGGACAUAUUACUCAAAACUGGGACGAUACUCGAUUUCUAAGAGAAGAAGAGAGAUUCUCCACAGUGACCAUCCGUGACCUGACUGAAGAUGAUACUGGGACCUACUGGUGUGGAGUAGAAACCAGCAGGACAGAACAACAUUACAUUACACUGAUCACACAGGUGAAACUGCGUCUUGUAAGUGAGUAUAAACCUCUUCUUUCUCUUUAGCAUGUGAACAUAAACA